AUGCCUGCCUACGGUCCCUCCCUCGAGGACCAGCCGUCGGACAAGUUCCUGUACGGCGACCCGAAGGACAUGAUGAAGCUGAAGAACCAGCCGUACGACGCCAAGAAGAACGUCUGGGUCCCCGACAAGAAGGAGAUCUUCGUGGCGGCGGAAGUCAAGAGCACGAAGGGAGACCAGGUCACCGUCACGACUGCGGAUGGACAGACCUUGGCUGUGAAGAAGGAGAAGAUUCAGCAAAUGAACCCGCCAAAGUUCUCCUGUGCCGAGGACAUGGCCAACAUGACGUUUCUGAACGAGGCGUCAGUUCUGGGCAACCUGAGACAGCGUUACGACCUCGUGCUCAUCUAUACGUACUCCGGGUUGUUCUGCGUGGUGAUCAACCCGUUCAAGCGGCUGCCCAUCUACACGGAGCAGGUGAUCGACAUGUACCGCGGGAAGAGGCGUACCGAGGUGCCGCCGCAUCUCUUCUGCGUGGCCGAUAACUCCUACCAGAACAUGAUCAUGGAGAAAAUGUGCCAGUCUAUCCUCAUCACUGGUGAAUCCGGUGCGGGAAAGACCGAGAACACCAAGAAGGUUAUCGCGUACUUCGCGAUCGUCGGUGCCUCGCGGGCUGUCGUUCCGGGGGAAAAGAAGCAGGCGACUCUGGAGGAGCAAAUCGUCCAGACUAACCCUGUUCUGGAGGCUUUCGGGAACGCCAAGACCGUCAGGAACAACAACUCCUCACGUUUUGUAAGUAGACUCUGUAGUCUCAAUCGAUGUCAUUUCGUCCUGUCCUUAUGGCUGUAUCUUCUCCAGGGUAAGUUCAUCCGGAUCCAUUUUGACCGUCGGGGGAAGCUCGCUGGCGGAGACAUCGAGACCUAUUUGCUGGAGAAGUCUCGCGUGAUCUCGCAGUUGCCGGGAAUGGAGCGUGGUUACCACAUCCCCUUCCAGAUGAUGUCCAAUGGCAUCCCGGGAACAACGGAUAAGUACAACAUGGGUACGGACCCGUCCGUGUUUAAGUUCCUGCGGGAGGGAGUGUACACCGUGCAGAAUCUGGACGACGGAGAGGAGUUCCGUAUGACAGACGAGGGCUUCGACAUUCUGAAGUUCUCCCCGGAGGAGAAAGACAACAUCUACCGGAUCUGCUCCGGGAUCCUGUGGUUCGGUAACACGGAGUUCGUACAGAGGGGAGACCAGGGAGAGGUGGACAACUAUGACGUUCUGGACAAGGCGGCAGCCCUGUUCGGUGUGGAAGGUCCGGGUCUGUCCAACGCCAUCACCCGGCCCCGGGUGAAGGUAGGCAGCGAGUUCGUGACGAAAGGACAGACCGGCAAGCAGUGUAACAACACCGUGGGCGCCCUGGCCAAGGCCACGUACGAGAGAACCUUCAAGUUCAUCGUCGCCAAGUGUAACGAGACACUGGAGACGGAGAUGGAACGUGUCAUGUUCAUAGGCGUGUUGGACAUCGCUGGGUUUGAGAUAUUUGAGCUGAACAGUUUUGAGCAGCUGGCCAUCAACUACACGAACGAGAAGCUGCAGCAGUUCUUCAACCACCACAUGUUCGUGGUGGAGCAGGAGGAGUACAAGUCCGAGCAGAUCGAGUGGACGUUCGUGGACUUCGGCAUGGACCUGCAGGCCUGUCUGGACCUCCUGGAGAAGCCUCUCGGCGUUCUGUCCAUGUUGGAGGAGGAGUGCAUCGUGCCUAAAGCCACGGACAAAACCUACCUGAACAAGCUGAUGACACAACACCUGGGGAAGAACCCCAAGUUUGGCAAGCCAAAAGCGACCAAGAAGAAGUACCCUGCUCACUUUGACCUGGGUCACUACGCCGGACCUGUGAGUUAUAACGUGGACGGUUGGCUGGAGAAGAACAAGGACCCUGUGAACGAGAGCGCCGUGCUCGUUCUCAAGGCGUCCAAAAUCCCGCUACUGCCGGUCAUCUGGGCGGACUACAUCACCCAGGAGGAGGCAUCAACGAUAAAGAAAGACCCCAUGAUGGCAGCCGGUGCAGGCGGCGGGAAGAGGAAGAAGGGUGGGUCGUUCCAGACCGUAUCGGCCCUGCACAGGGGCCAACUGUUUGAGCUGAUGAACACCCUACACGAGACGUACCCGCACUUUGUCCGCUGUAUCAUCCCUAACGAGAUCAAGACAGGCGGGAUCAUAGACGGCCCGCUGGUGUACAACCAGCUGACGUGUAACGGCGUUCUGGAGGGGAUCCGGAUCUGUCAGAAGGGAUUCCCCAACAGGAACCUCUACUCAGACUUCUUGGAAAGGUACUCCGUUCUGGCACCUCAUAUCUUCGCUGACCGGAAAUUCAUACAGGGGAAGGAGGCUUGCAAACAGAUCCUGGAGCACAUCAAAUUGGACACCAAGAGAUACCAGAUUGGACUCAACAAGGUGUUCUUCAAAGCCGGGACGCUGGCCAUGCUGGAGGAACUGCGGGAUGACCAGAUUAAUAAGAUCAUCACGUGGAUGCAGUCCCGGGCCAGGGGCAUGGAACAGAAGAGGAAGUUCUGGAACAUGUACAAGGCUAAACAUGCGACUCGGAUCCUGAAGAAUAACAUCAAGGCGUGGUUCCGCCUGAAGACAGACUGGUGGAUCAUCCUGUAUCAACUACUCAAGCCGCAACUCACCGGCAGCAAGGCUGAGGAGUAUCUGAAGGAGACAACUGUCCAACUCGCGGUAGAGGAGAAGAAGUACGAGAAGACAGUGAGCCAGAGAAAGGCCCUGCAGCAGAAACUCAACGACCUUGAGGCUGAAACGAAGGACAUCAAAAAUCGCCUGGAAACGGAACAAGCCGUGAUGCAGAACGCCGAAGAGCAUGUCGGGAACCUCCUGAAAGAAAAGGCAGAACUUGACGCGCAGGCGCAGGAGGUGGAGGAACGUCUGGAGGAUGUUGCCGACCAAAACAGACAUCUUGAGUCCAAGAAAAUCAAGGCUGAGAUGGAGGCCGAGGAGCUACAGAAGGAGAUUGAGGGAAUCACACUCAAACUCAGCAAACGGGAGAAGGAAAAACAGGAGGUUGAAGACAAGCUGCGAGCCAUGAUAGAAGAAGUUGCCGUCAACGAUGAGCUCAUCAGUAAGCUGUCCAGGGAGAAGAAGAAACUGGACGAGUUGAACGCACAAACCUUGGACGACCUUCAGUCGGAAGAAGACAAGGUGCAGAACCUCUCCAAGCUCAAGGUCAAGUUGGAACAGACGCUGGAUGACCUCGAGGACAACCUUGAGCAUGAGAAGAAGAUCCGAGGUGACGUGGACCGGGUAAAGCGGAAGUUGGAGAAUGACUUCAAGAACACCCUGGACCUGGUGUCAGAAACGGAGCGAUACAAGUCCGAGUUGGAGGAGAAACUAAAAAAGCGAGAAUUUGAGAUCAACGCCCUGCACGCCAAGGUAGAAGACGAGACCAGCAUGGCUCAGCAGCUACAGAAGAAGGUGAAAGAACUCCAGGGCCGAAUUGAAGAGCUGGAAGAGGAACUGGAGACAGAACGUGCCGCCAGAGCCAAGCUUGAAAGACAACGCGCUGAACUAACGCGAGAACUCGACGACAUCGGCGAGAAGCUAGAGGAGUCCAGCGGCGCUACCGUAGCACAGGUGGAACAGAACAAGAAACGGGAGGCCGAGCUACAAAAGGUCCGACGUGAACUUGAAGAGGCCACGAUUUCACACGAAGCAGCGACGGUCAGCCUGAGAAAGAAGCACAACGACACCGUGACAGACCUGACAGAACAGGUGGAGGGACUCCUCAGGGUCAAGGCCAAGCUGGAGAAGGAGAAGAACACCCUGCGGGUAGAAGUGGACGACCUCGCGGCGACCAUGGAACAGGCGACUAAAAACAGGGUUCAAGCAGAGAAGGCUAACAAGCUGCUGGAGGAGCAUCUCACAGACGCAAACGCGAAGGUUGAGGAGAACCAGAGGUUACUCCAAGAUCUGAUGUCGCUGAAGCAGAAGCUGACGUCGGAACAUAACGACCUGAUGCGGCAGCUGGAGGAGUCCGAGGCGUCGUCCAACCAGCUGAGCCGGACCAAGAGCAUGCUGACGCAGCAGAUGGAGGAGGUCAAGCGCCAGCUCGAGGAGGAGACCAAGUCCAAGAACACGCUGGCGCACCACCUCCGCGCCAUCCAGACGGACUGCGACAACCUGCGGGAGUCCCUGGAGGAGGAGCAGGAGGGAAAGUCCGAACUCCAGCGCAACCUCACCAAGGCCAACGCCGAGGUCGCCGCCUGGCGCUCCAAGUAUGAAACGGACGCUAUCCAACGAACGGAAGAGCUGGAGGAGGCCAAGAAGAAACUUGCUGCCAGGUUACAGGACGCAGAAGAACAAGUUGAGGCCGCCAACGCGAAGUGCGCCAGUUUAGAGAAGACCAAGAACAGACUGGCCGGGGAGGUGGAGGAUCUGAUGCUGGACGUGGAGAAGGCCAACACCGCCUGCGCACAGUUGGAGAAGAGACAGCGGCUGCUCGAUAAACUGGUAGUAGAAUGGAAGGCCAAAUGCGAGGCGUUACAGCUGGAGUUAGACGCCUCGCUGAAGGAGAGCAGGACUUAUCAGGCCGAGCUGCUCAAGCUGAAGACCGUCAUGGACGAGGCAAUGGAGGCCCUGGAAACCACCAAGAAGGAAAACAAGGCUUGUCAAACUGAAAUCAACGACAUGAACGACCAGCUAGCGGAGAUCGCCAAGCAGAUCCACGAGCUGACGAAGGCGAAGAAGCGUCUGGAGACGGAGCGGGACGAGCAGCAGAACGCGCUGGACGAGGCGGAGGGCUCGCUGGAGAUCGAGCAGGGGAAGGUGGUGCGGGUCCAACUGGAGCUGGCGCAGCUCAAGGGAGACAUCGAGAAGAGGUUGGCUGAGAAGGAGGAGGAAUUCGAGGCCACCAGGAAGCACCACCUUCGCGCCAUCGAGUCGAUCGAGGCUCAGAUCGAGGCUGAGAACAAGGGUAAAGUGGACGCCCUGCGGAUCAGGAAACACCUGGAGGGGCAUCUUAACGACAUCGAGGUGCAACUCACCACCGCCAACCGGGCUAACGCCGAGGCCAGGAAAACUAUCGCCAAACUACACAACCAGAUACAGGAGAUGCAGGUUCAGAUAGACGACGAGCAGCGUCAGCGGGACGAGAUUCGGGAGCAGUACAACAUCUCCGAGCGGAAGAACCAGAUGCUGCUGGCCGAGACAGACGAGGUUCGCGGGCAGUUGGACACGGCUGAGCGGUCCCGUAAGACUGCCGAGGCCGCCCUGGUGGAGAGUAACGAGCGGCUGGCUGAGCUGAGCACGCAGAACUCCGCCCUGGCCGGGCACAAACGGAAACUGGACGGGGACCUGCAGGAGAUUCACGCCACCCUGGAGGAAACCAUCUCCGAGCACAAGCAGACCGGCGAACGGGCGAAAAAGGCCAUGGCAGACGCUUCCCGUAUGGCUGAGGAGUUACGUGGAGAGCAGGAGCAUUCUCAACAAAUGGACAAAGCCAAAAGAACUCUUGAAGCGAAUGUGAAAGACUUACAACGCAGGUUGGACGAGGCGGAGGCCAUAGCACUGAAAGGCGGAAAACGUGCCGUGGCGAAGCUCGAGACUAGGAUCCGGGACUUGGAGACCCUUAUCGACGAGCACAGACGUCUUCACCAGGAGGACAUCAAACAGCUGCGUAAGAACGAGCGCCGCCUCAAGGAGAUGACUUUCCAGGCUGAGGAGGACGCUAAGAACCAGGAGCGUCUCCAAGAGCUGGUGGAGAAACUGCAGCUGAAGAUCAAGGCUUUCAAGCGCCAGGUGGAGGAGGCGGAGGAGCAGGCGUCGAGCAACUUUGCCAAGUACCGCAAGGUGCAACACGAGGUGGAGGACCACUCCGAGCGGGCCGAGAUCGCCGAGGGAUCCCUCAACAAGCUGCGCUCCAAGACCGUCACCUACACCGUCAAGACUACACGCCAUUCUAACUAG